CAUUCUCCGUUCCAAUAGAUGGCGACAAUGAUCAACUUAACAUUACAGUCUACAGAAUGAGAGGAAAUCUGAACAAAAUAGCACUGGACCAUGUGAAUGGCUGAUCUGAUAAUGUGUUGAAAUCAGUCCAUAUUCAGUCUGUAAAGCAACACACCGUUAAUUAAAGCUGAUUAACAUCAGUGAUAAUGCGCCGUCUGGGUUCAGUGCAGCAGAAGAUUCCAUGUGUUUUCCUGACGGAAGUGAGAAACGAACCAUCCAGAAAACGCGACUGUCAGUUCCAGGUGGUGGCCACUGAGAACGUGAACCCUGCUGCUCUUGCAUCAGGAAUUCACUGUGCGGUAGCAACUGAGAAGAUUGAUGGGACAUGCUGCUAUGUCACCACUUACAACGGAGAACCUUGUCUCUGGGCUCGCUUGGAUCGGAAACCAACCAAGCAGGCGGACAAGAGAUUCAAAAAGUAUCAGUAUUCGCAGAAGACCUGUAAAGGAUUUGUGUGGAACGUAGAUGAAGAUUUCCGAGAAGUGCCAGAAUCCUGGAUCGCUGCUCACAGAGUCAAGCAUGAGAAUGGCCAUCCAGUGCCUGAUGAACAUGGACACAUACCUGGUUGGGUUCCGGUGGAUCAUACCAACAAGCAGUAUUGCUGGCACGCCUCUGUGGUCAACUAUGAUGUUGGUGUUGCCCUUGUCCUGAAGACACAUGAGGAUGAUGAAGGAUUGCUUGAAAUUGUCAGCAUUCCUCUGGCAGACCUCAUGGAGCAAACCCUUGAGCUUAUUGGGACCAACGUUAAUGGAAAUCCAUAUGGUUUGGGAAGUAAGAAGCAUCCAGUCCAUGUUCUGGUGCCUCACGGGGUCCUGCGUAUCCGGAACCCUCCUCCAGUGGAAUUUCAGCAGCUUUAUUCCUGGUUUCAGGAAUGUCAAGAGGGGCGAGUGGAGGGAAUUGUUUGGCACUGUGAUGACGGGACACUGAUUAAGAUACACCGCCAUCAUCUCGGUCUGAAAUGGCCUGUUGGUGACACCUUCCUGAACACCAGGCCUGUGGUCGUCCACGUAGACGAAACAACAUGUGAUCCAGAUGCUUCCGAGAAGGACUUGUUCAAAUCAUUCUCCAACAUAAAUGGACAACCCUUCAGCUGCAUGCAGGACAUUCAGUUUCAAUCCUGAUCCCAUAAAAUUAAACUACCAAACAUUCCUACUACAUCUGUUUUUAACCAGAGUGAAGACUGGUUUGCCAACACUCAAUAUUGGUCAAAACUGCCUGUUCGGUAUUCCCAUUGACACCUUGCUCAUAUAUGCACUUAGGUAUGUGAUGUAUGCCAAUGCUGUGAUUGCUUUAUAUUUUGCACUUUUUCCUUUCUUUUAGAGAAUGGUAGUUUUUUUGUUUUUUUUUAAAUAGGUUUCAGAGGACGUUCAGGAAUAUGUAUAUAAAUAAAUGGAACUGUUUAUUACAUCUAAGGAGCCUCAAAAAUGAGGCAGUGAUUGAUAAUUAUACAGGUGCUGGUCAUAUAAUUAGAAUAUCGUGAAAAAGUUCAUUUUUUUUAUUGUAAAUUAUUUUAAAAAAUGAAACUUUCAUAUAUUCUAGAUUCCCUACAUGUAAAGUAAAACAUUUCAAAAGUUUUUUUUUUUUUAAUUUGUUGAUUAGAGCGUACAGCUCAUGAAAGUCCAAAAUCCAGUAUCUCAAAAUAUUAGAAUAUUUACAUUUGAGUUUCAUUAAAUGACCAUCCCUACAGUAUAAAUUCCGGGUAUCUUUUGUUCUUUGAAACCACACUAAUGGGGAAGACUGCUGACUUGGCAAUGGUCCAGGAGACAAUCAUUGACACCCUCCACAAAGAGAGUAAGUCACAGAAGGUCAUUACUGAAUGGGGUGGCUGUUUACGGAGUGUAUAUCAAAGCAUAUUAAAUGCAAAGUUGACUGGAAGGAAGAAAUUGGGUAGGCAAAGGUGCACAAGCAACAGGGAUGACCGCAAGCUUGAGAAUACUGUCAAGUAAAGCCAAUUCAAACACUUGGGAGAGCUUCACAAUGAGUAGAAUGAAGCCGGAGUCAGCGCAUCAAGAGUCACCACACUCAGACAUCUUCAGGAAAAGGACUACCAAGCCACUUCUGAACCAGAGACAAUGUCAGAAGCAUCUUACCUGGGCUAAGGAGAAAAAGAACUGGACAGUGAACAGUGGUCGAAAGUCCUCUUUUCAGAUAAAAGUAAAUUUUGCAUUUCAUGUUGAAAUCAUGGUCCCAGAGUCUGAAGGAAGACUGGAGAGGCACAGAAUCCAAGCUGCUUGAAGUCUAGUGUGAAGUUUCUGAAGUCAAUAAUGAUUUGGGGGGGCCGUGACGUCUGCUGGUGUUGGUCCAUUGUGUUUUAUCAAGUGCAAAGUCAAUGCAGCCAUCUUCCAGGAGAUUUUGGAGCACUUUAUGCUUCCAUCUGCUGACAAGCUUUAUGGAGAUGCUGAUUUCCUUUUCCAGCAGGACUUUAGCACCUGUCCACAGUGCAAAAACCACUUUCAAGUGGUUUGCUGAGCAUGAUAUUACUGUGCUUUAUUGGCCAGCCAAUAUGCCUGACCUGAAUCUAUGGGAUAUUUUCAAGAGAAAGAUGAGAAACAGUCGAUCCAACAAUAUACAGAUGAUCUGAAGGCUCAAUAGUGCCUCAGCAGUGCCACAGGCUGAUCACUUCCAUGCCACACUUCACUGAUGCUGUAAUUUGUGCUAGGAGCAAGUCAUUUGCUGUAAUAUGUCCUGCCGAUCAAGUAUUGAGUGCACAAAAGAACAUACUUUAAAGAACUUGAACUUUUCUGUUUUGCAAAUCCAUUUUUUGAUUGAUCUUAGGAAAUAUUCUAAUAUUUUGAAAUAGUGGAUUUUGGACUUUCAUGAGCUGUACGCUCUAAUCAUCAAAAUUAAAAAAAAAAAACUUUUGAAAUGUUUAACUUUACAUGUAGGGAAUCUAGAAUAUAUGAAAGUUUCAUUUUUAAAAAUAAUUUAUAAUAAAAAAAUGAACUUUUUGAUGAUAUUCUAAUUAUAUGACCAGCACCUGUAUAUACAAAAAGAAAAAAACCUUUCAGUUUCAGUUCUUGCUAGUAAGGCCACAAAUAACAAAUAUUGUAAAACCAAACUUUAUAUGAAAAUGUCUUAAUAUUUUACUAAAAAAUAAAUAUGUUCCUACUUCUAUUUAUAAAACACUUCAACUUAAUUGUACUUGAAUAUAAAGUGAAGUAACAUUGUUACAUGUACAUAUUUUGCUCUAAAUAAGCAGUAGCAAUAAAAUCUAAUGACCUGAAAAAUGA